AAUUACACUUGUUAACAUUUAAAGCAGAUACAUUAUCCGAUUCAAAUAUGGAAAAGAGUGGUCAACCGACCUCCCUCUGUGACGUAUGUUCCUCCAUAAACAUUUCCGAAUAUUUCAAAGAAGAGAAAUAUGAUUGGAUAGAUCGCAGUUCUGGUUGGGUUGAAGCAGAUUCUUCGGCGAAACGACUCGGGCUCCUUCGUGACAUUUGUUUGAAGGCUCACCGAUGUUCGUUUUGCUGGAUUGUCAUGCAGUCUGUUUGCACUACCAGCCUCUUAAAAGAAACGACUCCCGAAGCUUUAUUAAAGAAGGAGACGGUCGCAACUGAACCGCGGGAAUGUUAUUUAUACAGUUAUUGUUUCGCCAAAAACGAUCGGAUUGAAGAUGAAAGCCCAUACUCAAAAGCAAUUCGAAUUGGUAUUGCUUAUCGAGCUGGGCGUCCGAGCGGUACUGGCCCAGCAAUCGACGGCCAGAUAGGCGACAUCCAAUUACUUGACGAAGAUUCGAUGCGGGUUCGGAACUCAAGAGCUUUCUUUGGGCGCCGGAUAGGCCCAAAAGUUGAUAUUAGCCUUGCUAACUACUGGUUGGAUCUAUGUGAAACAUACCAUGGAGCUCGUUGCAAUGAACAGGGACUUGGUUCGAACAAUCAGCCAAAAGACUUACUAGUCAUCGAUGUGAAGCAAAAGUGUAUCGCUAAACUUCCGGCCGGUGCGAAUUAUCUUGCUCUCAGUUAUUGUUGGCCAACUCGAGAGAUGUUCCAAACCCUUCUUGAGAAUGUUGAUGAGCUUUUCAAACCCAGAGCACUCACUGCUCACUGGGACCAACUACCGGCUGUUAUUAAAGAUACGAUUAACUUCACCCUUGACUUUCACGAGACAUAUCUUUGGGUUGAUGCGCUCUGCAUCGUUCAAGAUGACCAAGAUCAGAAAAAUGCACAGAUUUCACAGAUGGACCGGGUUUACGCUUCGGCUUUGAUGACCAUCGUACCAGCAUUGAAAACGUUGGACCCAGAAAUGGCGUGCAGCGGACUUCCAAGAUACAACCCAAAAGUUAAGGUUAGGGAGCAGAAAGUAGCAAUUGUCCAAGGUAUGCAUUUGGCAGUGCCAUUUGAGGCAGCUUUUGGGGUGGUAGAUCGGAAAACAAGAUGGGGUACAAGAGCUUGGACAUAUCAGGAAUGUCUUAUAUCGCGAAGGAUCUUGUUCCUGACGGAAUCGCAAGCAUACUUCCAAUGCCGCCAUAGUGUAUUCUGCGAGGAUUGCAGAGGGGAAAUCGACAGCACUGAUGUCUACAUCGCCCCGGGGACGAACCUCUGGAACCCGGGAGCAUUAGAAACAACCGGCGGGCGGCUACAACUCGGCUUCGGAACUUUACAUCUCACGAGAGAACCCUACGCGACUGACGAACGAGCGAUUAUGGCAUAUCUCAAUUACGUAUUAGAUUACUCUUUUCGCCAAUCGACGAAAGCUUCGGACUCUCUAAAUGCGUUUCGAGCGAUCCAAAAUGUGUUAUGUGAUACGAUGCAAACAUCUUUUUUCUACGGAAUACCUGAGAAAUACUUGGAUGUCGCCCUCUUGUUCAUCCCUUACAUAUACAGACCCCGUGCCGAGCAGGACAAAGAAAAUUAUCCGUUAAACCUUGCUUUCCCUAGUUGGACUUGGGCAGCAUGGAAUUGUGGACUAGAAAACUCCGAAUAUUUCUCUUGCAUUACCCACGGUAUCCGUCGUGAAGUGGACUGGUUUCUCGUGUGUGAGGGGAACUAUGCUAUUGCGCUGGAAUCCGUGGGUGCGCCGAGUAAAAUCAAGUUCCCUCAUGCCAACAACCAAGAACUCGGCCUAUUGGGAAGUGUUCCUUCAGGGAUAUUGCCACCACUCAAGACUAAGACUUCGCCCAACGAAAAUAUUGAAGAUACGAAUAGCCAAACUCUGCUCUGUUGUUGGACGAUGGUUUUGGAUCUUUACCUACCAGGGCGUAUCGUACCUCUAGGUAGCUACAACAAGCGCUGGUCCGGCUCAGUACAUCUUGCGAUAUUGAACGACGAAGGGAAAUGGAUCGGUUCUAUUCUAAUGAAUGAACUAUGGGUAAAGGCUCACCCAGAUAGAACCCGGUCAUAUCGCUUCAUACUUAUAUCACGAUCGGAGGAGAUUAUCGUUGAUCGAGAUCCUGACGUGGCUUUUUUCGACACGAAUCUUUUCGAAUACCGACCGUGGUGCUUUCUAAAUGUAAUGAUGGUUGAAGAAUCUGGUGACACCGCCCGGAGACUUGGUGUUGGAACCAUUCACGAAGACGCAUGGAUUCAGGAGAACCCAACUAAAAUGCUAGUGAAGCUUAAGUGAAAAGGCGAUUGGGUAGGUAGCGGGUUACAUCUCCCUUCUUAUGCCUAGCAACCUCUACAUGAUACUGGGUAUUAUACCACUCAAUCCUUCAUAGUAUCACGGGUAUCCGUUGUUGUCUGCUGCUUCCUAACCAACUCAACAUUCCUCUUCCCCCACCACUGCGGUCGCGUCUGAAUUAGCAUAUCUUCCACUUCGGUGAACGUGUCACUAAUAGUAUGGAUCACGCGACCAUUCCAUCUUCCCC